AGAACCACUUCAACACAGUUUCCAGUCAGCUGAAACAUCUCUGUCAGGGGCGCGCCCUCCCCCUUGGCUCCCCUGCAGCUUUGCUCUCUGUAUCUGUCUGACUGUAACGAGAGGACGGAGCGCUCCAUCCAUCCACAGCGGCGGAGAUGGCGGACCCCGCGGAGACCACUAUCAAGGUGGUGUGCCGGUUUAGGCCGCUGAACAGCUCAGAGGUAGCCCGGGGAGACAAGUACAUCCCCAAGUUCCAAGGGGACGACUGUGUGCUGAUGGCGGGAAAACCGUACCAUUUUGACCGUGUGUUCCAGUCCAAUACGACUCAGGAGCAGUUCUACAAUGCUGUGGCUCAGAAGAUCGUCAGAGAUGUACUGGAGGGAUACAAUGGUACAAUAUUUGCAUAUGGGCAGACAUCGUCUGGAAAAACACACACAAUGGAGGGGAAACUCCAUGACCCAGACAUGAUGGGAAUCACUCCCAGAAUAGUUCAAGACAUCUUCAACUACAUUUAUUCCAUGGAUGAGAACCUGGAGUUUCAUAUCAAAGUGUCAUACUUUGAAGUCUAUUUGGAUAAAAUCAAGGACUUGUUGGACGCAACAAAGACCAACCUAUCUGUGCAUGAGGACAAAAACAGAGUCCCCUAUGUCAAGGGGUGUACCGAGCGUUUUGUGUGCAGUCCCGACGAGGUCAUGGAAGCCAUAGAUGAAGGAAAAAACAGCAGAAGCGUGGCUGUCACAAACAUGAAUGAACACAGCUCAAGGAGUCACAGCAUCUUCCUCAUCAACAUCAAGCAGGAGAACUCUAAGACCGAGCAGAAACUUACAGGGAAGCUCUACCUCGUCGAUCUGGCUGGGAGUGAAAAAGUGGGGAAAACUGGAGCAGAGGGCACUGUGCUGGAUGAGGCCAAGAUGAUCAACAAGUCCCUGUCUGCUCUGGGGAAUGUUAUUUCAGCUCUGGCAGAGGGCUCGAGCUACGUCCCCUACAGAGACAGUAAGAUGACCAGGAUCCUGCAGGACUCUCUGGGAGGGAACUGUCGGACCACCAUGGUCAUCUGCUGCUCACCUUCCGCCUACAAUGACGCUGAGACCAGGUCCACUCUGAUGUUUGGGCAGAGAGCGAAGACAAUCAAGAACUCUGUGACUCUGAAUGUGGAGCUGACUGCAGAGCAGUGGAAGAAAAAGUAUGAGAAAGAGAAGGAGAAGAACAAGACGCUGAAAACCACCGUCACAUGGCUGGAGAAUGAGCUCAACCGCUGGAGGAGUGGAGAGAAUGUCCCAGCGGAGGAACAGUUUGACAAAAAGAAGGCCACAGCAGAGGUCCAGGCCCUGGACACGGCUCUCAACAACGAUAAGACAGCACCCCAGCCCAUGCUCAGUUCCCUGCCUGGAGUCAAACUCACAGACGCAGAGAAAGGAAAAUAUGAAGGCGAAAUGGCCAAACUCUACAAGGAGAUGGAUGACAAGGAUGAAGAGAUAAACCAGCAGUCUCAGUUGGUGGAGGAACUGAAGGAACAGAUGUUGGACCAGGAGGAGCUCUUAUCGUCCUCCCGCCGAGAUCACGACACGCUGCAGACCGAACUUAACCGGCUGCUGGCGGAGAAUGAAGCCUCCAAGGAGGAGGUGAAGGAGGUGCUGCUGGCUCUGGAGGAGCUGGCUGUCAACUAUGACCAGAAGAGUCAGGAAGUGGAGGACAAAGCGAGAGAGUUUGAGGCCCUGAGUGAGGAGCUGAACCAGAAAUCUAGCUCUUUGGCCUCUAUUGACACUGAGCUCCAGAAGCUGAAGGAGAUGACAAUCCACCAGAAGAAGAGGGUCACUGAGAUGAUGUCAUUCCUACUAAAAGACCUGGCUGAGAUUGGCAUCGCUGUGGGAAACAACGACAUAAAGCAACAAGAGAGCAGUGGUCUCAUCGAUGAAGAGUUCACCGUGGCUCGUCUCUACAUCAGCAAAAUGAAGUCGGAGGUGAAGACGAUGGUGAAGCGCAGCAAACUGCUGGAGAGCACCCAGGCCGAGAGCAGCCAGAAGAUGGAGCAGACGGAGAUGGAGCUGACAGCCUGCCAGCUCCGCAUCUCCCAGUAUGAAGCGAAGAUCAAGUCCCUGACAGACUCCCUCCAGAAUGUGGAGCAGAAGAAAAGACAGCUGGAGGAGAACGUGGACUCUCUCGGUGAAGAAAUAGUGAGGAUCAAAGCUCAAGAGAGAGUCAACACCAUGGAGAAGGAGACUGAGAUCCAGUCUGCCAAUGAAGUCAAGGAUGCGGUGGAGAAGCAGAUCCUGUCUCACAGAGAGGCCCAUCAGAGACAGAUCAGCAGCCUGAGAGAUGAGCUGGACAACAAGGAGAAACUCAUCACAGAGCUGCAGGAUCUGAACCAGAAGAUCGUGCUGGAGCAGGAGAGGCUGAGGGUGGAGCACGAGAAGCUGAAGGCUGCAGACCAGGAGAAGAGCCGCCAGCUGCAGGAGCUCACGGUGCAGCAAGACAGGCGGGAGCAGGCCAGCCAGGACCUGAAGGGACUGGAGGAGACGGUGGCCCGAGAGCUGCUGACACUCCACAACCUGAGGAGGCUCUUUGUCCAAGACCUGUCCUCUAGAGUGAAAAAGAAUGCUAAAACAGACUCAGAUGACACAGGAGGAAGCUCUGCCCAGAAACAGAAGAUCAGCUUCUUGGAGAACAACCUGGAGCAGCUCACACAAGUUCACAAGCAGCUGCUACACGACAACUCCAGCCUUCGCAGUGAGAUUCCUAAAAUGGAAAAGCGUCUGCGGGCCACCGCUGAGCGGGUCAAAGCCCUCGAAGCAGCUCUGAGGGAGGCCAAAGAGAAUGCAGCCCGUGACCAAAAACGCUACCAGCAGGAGAUGGAGCGCAUUAAGGACACCGUCAAGCCCAAAAACAUGGGCAGGAGACUCUCGGCACAAAUAGCCAAGCCCAUCAGACCAGGCCAGCUGCCUGGAGCUCCUCUGAUCCCCGGCUUCAACAGAUCCAACUUCAUCCAGAACAACCUGCCGCCUGGUAUCAAGGAAGGAGGCAACGAGAGCUGUUGAAGAUAGACAACAGUCAUCCAAACAAGAAGCCAAAGCCCCGUCCUGAACAUGUUUUCAGUAUAUAAUAUUGAACUUUUACCUGGAACCACUGCAUCCUUCCUCCAUAACCCAUCAGAGUCUGUACAUACUGUAUAUAAGUCUGCCCUGGACUGAGCAGUCUUUCAGGCCUCUGCUUUACAAGAAACCCAAUCACACUGCUGCUUUACAAAAUAAUGGCACAUAGAUCUGUUACCAGCACUGCAGUGAGAAAGAGGCAUGAAUCAUAUUAUUCUAGAGAAUGAAGAAGAUGGACUUAUAGUCGUGCCUUUGUCAGCAGUAACCCUUGAAGUUUCCAAAUGCAUUGCAGCCCCUGUUCUGUGAGUACGAGAUCUCUUUGUGAUACUCUUUAUGACACCCCUGCAUCAUUGUUAUGUACACAUGGUUAAAAUGAUAAUCAGUCUUAACUAUCUUAAAGUGUAUUUGACCACAGCCAGGUGGUUCAAAAUGAUGCUGAGCUGAGAGAGACAAUAUUUAGUCAAACAUUUGACUUAAAGAAACAUGAAGAGCGAGCAUGCUUUGCCUUAAUAUCUUUCCUUACUCGCUCUUCAGUACUAAAUCUAUAACUAUUAUAAAAACUGAACUCCUCAGUGUCCCAAAGAUUAUAUAAUGAGAGAGCAGAACUCUGUCUGAGGCUCAGAGCAAGAAAAUCACAGGGAUUAGGUAGACACAAAUGUUAUUUUUAUUCCUUAUUUAUGUGUACUGACUACAGGUGAGAGUUAAUUUAUGUUUUCUUUAAUGCUGAGACGUUUAUUAUGUUUUAAUGGAUCCAAAGUGAGCUGGAUGUAGCUGACUCUGCAAUAAGAGGGAGAUGAUUGAUACCUUUACUUUGAAAGCCUGUCUCUGUUCUCUUAGAAGCUCUACUGCUGAACACUUAAGAUCCACUUAAACUUACAGCUUCUGAAUGGAUCAGGUGUUCUGUUGUAGAUGAUUUUCAGUAUUCUACCUUCUGAAAUUCUUCUUUUAAGCUUUGUAAAACUGUCUCAUAACUGGAAGUAUCAUCAGUUUCUUAAGGAUGAUGAGUCAUCAAAAUAUUCAUGUGCAGAAAGAAAACACUGCAUUGUGUUUCCUCUCUACAUUUUUGUUGGCUUGGAACUCAAGUUAGGUUUUUACUCUAGAGUUAAUAAAUUUUAAUUGGAAAGUU